CCAUGAGCGCUCAGAGUGGAAUCUCAGUUAGUCCAGAACUCUCCGAAGAUUUUGUGAAAGCGGUCUCUAAAACCGAUGAUAUUAGAUUAAUUGUUGUCGUCAUCGAAGAUGAGGUUGCGAUCACGAAAGUAUCACUUCCACCUCACGUUGGCCGGUCCGACGUUGAAGACUUUGCAUUGAUUGAUGAUGUUUUGGAGGACGAUAAACCGGCCUACGUUCUCUAUAGAUUAAACGAGCCAGAGGGUGGUAGUUGGAUAUUCAUCUCUUAUGUUCCAGAUAAUGCCAAAGUUCGAGAAAAGAUGCUGUAUGCAUCAACUAGAGCUACGAUUUCUAGACAACUCGGCGAAACACAUUUCAAAGAGUCGAUUUUUGCUACCUCAAAGCGUGACUUGACUCCUGAAGGUUAUCUGGCUCAUUUAGCUUCACAAACGGCUCAAGCUCCAAUGACUGCACGGGAACGUGAAUUAGCGGAUAUAAAGGCAGCUGAAGGUAUAAGUGCAAUCACAAUGGGAACCGAAGUUAGGAGCUCAAAUGUUUGGGGUGCCAAUGGUGGAAAUAAUGCUAGCUUAGGACUUAAGUGGAAUUCUGAUGCACAAGAAGCAUUUCAAGCUUGGUGUGGUCAAAGCGGUAGUAAAUCGGUCCAGUUUAACAUCGAGUUGGGGACUGAAACUAUCGUAUUGUCAGAGAAUGGCGCGUCGGAUGAGUUGGUUUUUCCGGAUAGUCAACCGUCAUAUACAUUCUAUCAUUAUACACCUGCUGCUCAAGAAUCGAUGUCUCUCCCUAUCUUCAUCUACGCUUGCCCGCCAAAAUCACCUGUUAGAAGUAGAUUGGUUUAUUCUUCUAGUUCGAGUUCAGUGUCUGGAAAAGCUAGUGAAUUUGGAGUUCAACUUUCAAAGAAGUUCGAGACCUCCGAUCCUGAUGAAAUCAAUGAUGAUUACAUCAACUCUGAGCUAAAAAGCAUACUCGCACCGGUAGAUUCGAAUGAGUCGGCUUCUCAUCAACCUCUCGAUAAACCAGCGUUCGCUAAGCCUGCUAGACCGGGGCGAAGGCGGUGACUAGUUCAAUUAAUGGAUCAAGUCGAAUCUCAGACGGUGUUCAACCAUUCGAUGUGAGUUGAUUGUAGUGAUAUUUUACUUGUACAUCCAUAUGUGUAUUAUAUUGUUUGUGACUAUAUAUCUUGGGGUAAAGCAGUGCAAGGUGAGAUCCUUCCAGCUUACUGGCAACAUUUGGUAGGCAAUCUCAUUGACCAAGGGUUGGGAUCAACCUAUGACUGGUUUGAUAGUUAUAACUUGGUCAACUGUGAUAACUCAUAAACCUUGUGAUACAGCGUUGGGUGUAGUGGACCGCUGUGGUGAUGUUUCCCAGCAAAGAACUUGUAGAUUUCAUUGGAGAGCUGAUGGUAAAGCAUUGAUGGUUCAUGAAGUCAACUUACC